AUGUCGGAGACUAAUCAGCGUCUGAUCGUCAUCACCAUCAACGGCUACCGCAAGCCCGGGUUGACGGAGGAGGAGCUCCACCACCACCUCUGCAAAGUACAUGCGCCGAAGCUGCGCCUUUCUUGGAGAAAUACGAUCGAUAACUUCAGUGCCGCACGCCCGCAUGCCGAAUACCUGCAGAUGUCGAAGAAGCUCUCCGACCAUGACUAUAUUGUCCAGUUUGUAAUGAAGGACGUCGAGGAUUUCAAGAAGGUCUGGGAUGAUCCCGAGUUCAGGAAAAAUGUCAUGCCUGACCAUGAGACCUUUGCGGAUACAACUCGCUCUGGCGUCUGCAUCGGAUACUUGAACAGCUUCUUGAACGGGGGGAGAGACUCACAGGGCCGGCUGAAGAACUGA